UUCGAUAUUUGCUCUUGUCUCCCCACCUCUUCUUCUUCUUCUUCUAUCUGUUUUUGCCUGUUGUGCAGCCAACGACGUCAACAUCUCCAUUAACAACAACAAAAACAUCACCUCCACCACCACCACUCUCACCUAUUCCACUACCAACAUUAUCAACAAUAACUGCAACAGCAACAACUGUCGUAACACAAGUAGUAGUAGUAGUAAUAACAGUCACGUUAGUAUCAAUAAUAGCAGCAGCAGGAGAAAAAGAAGGAAAAUACUACAAUUCUGGCGCACCAACAACAUGUGGAUGAGACAUACGAAAUGGCAAUAUCGCUGUUUAGCGUACCUCAAUCAGUUUUUCACCGGCUACGCCCUGAUGGCAUGGGCCGGUUUUUUCUUAUUUUUGGGCGUAUUUUACAAUGAAUGGAAACCUUUAAUUUCCUAUAUCUUGGGCAUUAUUCCAGCCAUGGUGGUCUGUUUUCAUGUGAACCGUAGUCAACAGCUGUGGGACCUUACACCUUUUACCAAAUUUCUCUUGGCGAAAACAACUUUAUCGUAUAAGCUUCGGACAUUAUUUCUUCAGCUUGUCAUGACUAUUAUCACCUUUAAGGAAUAUAAAAGCAACGACGAUAAAAAUCAAGUGUCUGCAACUAAUGGGUGGGCGGUAGACAAUGUUCAGCACGACUCAAUAUCGUCAUCGUCGUCUCUGCCCACAUCCAGCAGUUGGUUGGACGACACUUCGCAGCGAAUUAAACCCAAACAACGGAAUCGGUUGGAUUCUUCGAAAUCUAGUGACGACCAGUCUCCCCACACAUCCGACUCUCAUGUUCCUUAUUGCGAAGUAAUUAACUGUGAGAUCGAAAAGUUUGUCAAUUUAAUUACAAGAGAUUACGUUCAAUCUUGGUACAAAGUGGUCUGCUCUGAUUCCACUAUAGUUGUUGAUAUUCACGAUGAAAUUCGGGAAAUCCUGUUAGAGUUGUGUCGACGAGCACGUACUAUCAACCGGUUGUCUGCAUGUACAGGGGCCAUCACAAUGUGCCGUGAACAUUUGAUGAAAUACCAGACCUCGUUUGCUACUUACAAAAUCCAGAUGUGUUAUGCAAUGUCAAGUGAUAAAUCUUCACAGAAGAAAAAGCUACCAGCAUCUGUAGAAGAUGUAUUUGACCAAAAGUAUUCUCUGCAUCCCGCAUCAAAGGGCACUGAAGCAUCGUUUGACCAUGUCCGGGCACUCAUUGAACUCCUGAUCGACUGCUUAGAUAUAUUGCCAGUGGAAUUCAAGAAUGUUGAUUCUUUGAAGAAAAUCCUUAUUGAAAUUUUUACAUUACAAAUUAUAAUGCCCCUCAUUGAUAUGUUUCAAGACCCGGAUUUUUUGCAUGAAAGCAUAAUUCUGCUGCUGUCUAAUGAACAAGAAGAACUGGUUGAAAUAAGAAAAACUGAUGAAUUGACAGCUGACAAAGAAACGCCACCCCCACCUCCUCUACCACCGCCACCUGUUAUAGUCCAGGGUUCAACUCCUGAAAAACAGGAUGUCACAAUUGUGGAAGCAAUACGCCCGAACAGCAUCCAGCUUGAGCAGAAGGUGUCAUCUUUUGAUGAGCCUAAAACUCUUUUAAAUCCUGAACAGGUAUUGUCUAAUCAGCAACAGAUAGAAACACAAGAAAAUCAACAACAGUCACGACUACAAACACCAGAAAUACUAGAGUCACAACCACAACAACCAGAACAACAAUCACACCUACAACCAACACCACAACAACAGCAACAGCAACAGAAACAAGAAAAUUCAUGUAUGCAAAAUUCUCUGGAGAUAAACGGUAAUAAUUUGAAAUCAAGUGAAGAAAAACCUGCCACCGGUGAUUCAACUUUUGAAAAUGUCUUCGGUUUUCGAUCAAGAGAAGGCAGUCGAAUAUCUUUAGGAGGGUUGCCCUUUCUUUUCGGGGGUGAUCGACAGUUUUUUGGCUCGGGCAGUGACAGCAGAAAAGCUUCCAUGUCAGAUAAUGAGUCCGUUACUGAUCAGCCCUCGUUUUCUAAUAACAACAGUAAACGGUCUUCAUGUUCUGCUAAUGAGGAUGUCGAUGCUAAUGACAAUAACGAUGAUAAUGAAAGUACGGACUUCGGUAAGAGUUUUUCUGUAGCGAAGUCUGCUGAUCGAAAGGAUUCCUUGGAAAAUGAGAAAGUAACUGGUGAAUGUGUAAAUAAAGAAUUGAACUGUGAUAAUAAAUCGGACCAUGGCUUCAUCAGGCGUUUAGAGCAGCGAAACAGUUUUUCCUCUCUUCCUCUAUCGGACAAAACACCCGGUAGUGACAAAGAGAGCAAUCAAUCAGCUUUCGAAUUUGGUUUGGAUGAACACCAUGUUUCUUCUGCCAGCAGCAAGGAGCAAAAAUUGAAUGGGAUGAGGUCGAAAAGUUCGGACUCCAGUCCCACGACGGCAAUGCGGAACACUUUUGAACGUAGUCCCUUUCAAACUUUGUGGCCAAACUCUGUGAUCCCCAGGUUGAGUCAAACCGAGGAUGGCAUUCGGAUGUACCCAUUUCAUUCUGGCAAUUCAGAGACCUCUUCUAAAACAGACAGUGAGUCGGAUGACUCUGGGCCAUCUGCCGACAAAAGGUGUCUUUUCCAAAAUAUCUCGGUGGUUGAGACAGAAGCACACAAGGAACUCAGGGUUAACAAGGUUUACACGCUUUAUGAAGUCCAGUAUGAUGCGUCAUAUGUAUCUGAAAAUGGGGAACUUUCUACAAAAACUGGCAAAGUGAAACGCAGGUUUCGAGAAUUCUGCACGCUACAACAGAAACUUGAAGAAAGGAAUGUCUAUAGAAAAUGCUUAAAAGAUAUCAAAGGACCAAAAGGAUGGAAGCACCCACUGUUUGGUAACAUGGACCAGGAGAAUGUCACUCAGCGGAGGAAAUUUCUUGACAACUACUUGAAGAACUUAAUAAAGAAAGAAAACAUCUCCAACGGGCCUGAACUGAGGGAGUUCCUCGCCUACGAAGGAGAUGCACACAUUGCUUAUGUGCGACGCACCCGUGAAAUCAACAUGCCACGGAUUGAUAAAGCAUUUGUGAAAACGGUAUCUGGUGUACUGGACCGGAUAGCCACAACAGUUCUUCCACGAAGUUUGUCGCAAGACAAGACCUCCCCAUCUGGCUACUCUCCAAACCGUAAAGACUCCUUGUCUCCCAACAAACUCACAGAAGAAGAAGUAAAGAUCAUCGAAGAUUCGGAUCAAAUUCUAGUUGAUAUAGACAUUCCAAAUUAUGAGAGUUGGUUUCGAGUUGUGGAAGCUAACGUUAGCAAGCACAUUGAAAGCAUAAAAUGUCGUCGUGAUUCAUCAACAGAAGUGACCAAUCAGAGCUCUUCACCACACAGUCCACUCUCAACCAAUCAGAGCUGUUCUUCGCACACUCCAUCUUUGACCAAUCAAAGUUGUUCGUCGAGUAAUCUGCCAUCAGUUGGCCAGAACUUUUCCUCAAACAGUUUGCACACGACCAAUACAAGCUCUUCCUUACAUGGUUUUUCUAUGACCAACGACAGCUGUUCUUCAUCCUACUUACCUUCGACCAAUGAGAACAAUUCAUCCUUACACACAUCUUCAGAUACCAAAGCCACAGAAAACAACACUGAUCCUUUUAGGGCACACAUCAAAGAUCAAGAAACAGACCCAUUAAACUCAGUCAGAGGUAAAAGUUCAUGUGCUGGUAAUAGUUGUGGUGGUUGUAAAGGAAGGAUUGUUUUUUUAAUUGUUUAGUUUAUGCCCUCCCACCAGAAU